AUGGCUGGCCCGUCGGGAAAUACAACGCAGCGACUGAUUCGCGAAUUGAAAGAGUACCACAAGACACCGAACGAGUCGCUUCUCCAUCUUGGUCCCGUCGAUGAGGAAGACCUAUUACAUUGGGAGGCGGUGUUGAAAGGUGUAAACGGAACACCGUACGAAGGCGGCCUUUGGCAUCUUCGCAUCGCAAUCCCCCCAAACUACCCCCUCGCACCACCCACCAUCCACUUCACGACCAAGAUCUCCCACCCCAACAUCUCCUUCACCAAUGGCGAAAUCUGCCUUACUCUCCUGACGACUGAACACUGGAGUCCUGUUUACACGCUUUCAACCACGUUGACUGCUAUCCAGCAGCUGCUGACGGAUCCGCAGCCUGACUCCCCGCUCAAUGUUGAUGUUGCAGCUCUCUUGCGCGAUGGCGAUCUUGCAGCUUGGGAGAGUGUAGUUCGAUACUGGACUGCGGAGGAGCGGUGGAAGGGUGGGCGAUGA